GGAGAUAACGUCUCAAACCGGAAAUGAAUUAAGAUGUUCAAAAAAAGUGGACAUGCAGAAAUAAUACGAUCUCAUCAAAAAGACGAAUUUUACAUCGGAUAUUUAAAGUCACAAAUCACAGAUAUAUCCCAAGCAUUACUUGGACCAAGAAAUUGGAUUAAAUGGAGAAAGGAACUUGAUUUGUUUGCAGAUCUUGGUUACUUUACACUAACAACUUUUGCAGGGUUUCAGACAAUUGGAGAAGAAUAUGUUAAUAUCAUACAAGUUGACAACACUUUAAGAGCUUUACCAUCAAGAUUUAGAAGAAUUUUUCUGAUCUUGAUUCAUGUUUUAACACCAUACACACUACAUAAAGUGAUAGACUGGUUUGAGAAAUGGUUGAAAUCACCAGUUCUCCAUGAUGAAAUACCAGCAGAAACUAAACAUUUUCUACUAAAAUGUGUACCAGUUAUAAGACAGACUGUGACCUUUCUCCAUCGAUGUCACCUGGCUUUGUUUUACUUCCAAGGAAUGUUUUAUCACUUAGCCAAAAGAUUUGCUGGUGUCAACUAUGUGAAAUACAGCCUUCAUAAACAGCAGACAGGACCUAAUUUCCUCACUCAAAGCUUUAAAAUCUUAGGAGUAUUGUCAUUUGCACAACUUGUCGGCAGUAUAGGAAUCCAUGCCUACAAUGCUUAUAUUAACAAAGACAAAAUUGUUAAAAGUUUUAGAAGGGAGACAACUCCUGACCUGGAUGAUAGUGAAGUGUGUAGUCCAGCACUGAAAUGUGCUUUAUGUCUAGAGAAAAGACAGAGUACAACAUCAACACCAUGUGGUCACCUGUUCUGUUGGAACUGUAUACAUGAAUGGUGUCAAAAUAAGCCUGAAUGUCCAUUGUGUAGAGAGAAGUUACAACCCCAGUCAUUAGUGUUCCUUCACAACUUUGAUCCACCAGGUUGACAUAUGUGGUUGUGAUUCAGAAGAACAUAUCUUAUAAACAUGGUUGACAUAUGUUGUUGUGCUGAACAUAUUUUAUCUACAUGUUUGACAUAUGGUUGUGUUAAACAUAAGUGCAAUAAAACAUUAUCUAUACUAGAAAAGCUUCUAUUAUGUGAUUUUGUAUUUU